AUGGGAAGCCUCCACUUUGCUGUGGCUACACUGCUGGCUUUAGGCUGCAUUACGCCUCCCAUUAAGGCUUUGGUUAAUUCUCCCAAAAUAAUCUCCAAGGAUGGCCACCUAAUUUUCGAAUCCGGUCUGGAUCGCAACAUCAGUUUCAUUCUAAAGGGCAAAUCACGUUUGAAUAUCAAUGACGAAUACGAUAUUAUCGAUAUGCUGUUGCAGCCAAAAAGGGGGCGUAUUGCCGGCGGCACCGGGCUGGGUGAAUGGACAGAGGAAGAAGAAGAACUGCUGCGUCAACUAAUGGCCGAUGUUACAUCGUUGAAGACACAAGUCUUUGGGGCGAAUGGUUUAGAGUCGCGUUUUCGUGUGCUACAAAAUCGUACCCGUUCGGCAUCACAAUCGCUGAGACGUUAUCGUAGUCGUAUGCAGCGAGUGGAGACAAGGAUUCAAUCACUGACGGAACGUUUGGAAACCGACUAUUGUCGCAGUAAUCCCUGUCAAAAUGGUGGAGAUUGUUUGAAUAUUUUUGGCGGGUUUGUGUGCAAGUGUCCGAAGAAUUUUGAGGGUACCACCUGUGAAAAAGAUGUGAACGAAUGUGCCCUGUAUGCGGGCACCGAUUUGGGUUGCCAAAAUGGCGCCCAAUGUAUAAAUCAAUUUGGGUCGUAUAGCUGCAUCUGCCAGCCAGGGUGGUUUGGCAUCCAUUGCACCCAACGUAAGGGUGAUUGCCUGCAAUCAUCCUCCUGGGAGCUAUGUGGUCAUGGUACAUGCAUCAGUAGCAAUGAUACGUUCGGUUAUAAAUGUAUUUGUGAUCAGGGUUGGAAAACUACGGGGUUAUUGCCAGCCUGUACCGUGGAUGUCGAUGAAUGUGCGGAAAGUCAUACUCCAUGUGUUACGAAAUGUAUAAAUUUACCGGGUUCAUUUACCUGUGCUCCAUGUGGCCCCGGAAUGACAGGGAAUGGGGUGACAUGUCGGGAUAUUGAUGAAUGUGCGCAGCAGAAUGGAGGCUGUAGCAUGAAUCCGAAGGUUCAGUGUAUUAAUUCUUAUGGUUCCUAUCAUUGUGGCGAAUGUCCUUUGGGCUGGGUGGGAGAUGGUCGCACCUGUGAACGUUCCACAACAACAACGACAGAUUCCAGCUCUGCAACGGCAGUGGGUUCAAUUACCACCUGUGCUACGGCAAAUAUUUGCCACCCCUUGGCGAAAUGUAAUGAAAUUUCGAAUACAGUGGUCUGUAGCUGUCCAGCGGGUAUGGUGGGCAGUGGUAUUGGACCGAAUGGUUGUGUGGUGGGAACCGCACGGAAUUGUGUCAAUCAACCAUGUUUGAAUGGUGGCACCUGCAUCGAUAGCGGCAGUUCCUUCAAAUGCCUUUGCCCGGUGGGUUUCAUUGGUGAUACCUGUACCCCGGCUCCCAGCCCCUGUAGCCCGAAUCCUUGUCGCAAUAAUGGCCGUUGUCGCCCUAUUACUACCUCUACAAACCGUUCCUUCACCUGCCAAUGUACGCCCGGCUUCAUGGGUGAGAAAUGUGAAAAACAAGCCAACGAUUGUGGUGGAGUCCUUUUCGGCCAGACAGGACAAUUGAAAUAUCCUCCCGGCUCGCUAUACGAUCACAACUCCCAAUGUGCCUGGAUAAUACGCACGAAUGAAUCGAUGGUACUGAAUGUGACCUUCCAUCGCUUCGAAUUGGAAGAUGCCACGGAAUGUCGUUUCGAUUGGCUGCAGAUUAAUGAUGGCCGUUCCGCGGCCGCUCAGAUUUUGGGAAGAUUUUGUGGCACCCAUUUACCGCUGGGUGGGAAUAUUAUAAGUUCGACAAAUAAUUUGUACUUGUGGUUCAGAUCGGAUAAUAGCACUUCGAAGGAGGGUUUUGAGCUGGAAUGGAAUUCCAUACCUCCCCAAUGUGGUGGUGUGGUAAAUGUGGAGAGUCAUGGCACCAUAUCAAGUCCUGGAUCACCAGGAAAUUAUCCCAAGAAUCGGGAUUGUCAUUGGCUGCUAAAGGCUCCGUAUGAUAAGCGCUUGAAGUUGACCUUCUUUAGUUUGCAAAUCGAGAGCCAUGAUAGCUGUAAUUAUGAUUUUCUGGAGAUCUCCGAUGCCAUUUCCGGUGAAGUUGUGGAGAAAUUCUGCAAUUCCUCCCAUCCCCAGCCAUUGCUGUUGCCCACCAAUGAAGCUAAUGUCAUAUUCCAUUCGGAUAAUGUGGGUUCGGAUAGCGGAUUUCAGAUUUUCUAUUCCCUGGAGGAGAGGCUACCCGGAUGUGGAGGUAUUUACACAGCACCCGAGGGUAGUAUUCAGUCGCCACAUAUAACCCAGGAUUCGUUGUCGUGUGAAUACGAAUUGAAGAUGAUGGGUAGUGAACGGAUCGAUAUGCAUUUCCAGAUUUUCAAAAUGGCCCAGCAGGAUUGUGUGGAGAUCUACGAUAUCGACCCUGCCACUGAGGAGAAGUCCCUGCAAGCCAAAUACUGUGGAGAUUAUGAGGGCAUUCCGCCGCUGAUUCAAUCCAUGUACAGUCGGGUUUUGGUGAAAUUCUAUGGCAAAAUGGGAGCGGAAUUUAAAAUUAAAUAUAUAGCUGACUGCUCCUACACCUUUGAGGCCAACGAGGGUGUGAUCAUGUCCUCAGGCUACCCGAAACUUGCCAACAAGGAUCGCUUCUGUACCUACAAAAUAAAUACAGAACCAAACACCGUAUUGGAGAUUCAUUUUGAAGACUUUGAUGUGAAGGAUAGCAGUGUGGAGGGGGAUGCGGAUUGUGCCUAUACCUCAUUGAGGAUCAACGAUGGCAUUAACACCAAUCUUAUGGGACCCUAUUGUGACCAAACUUCACCCGAUGUCGAUUUUGUAUCGAAGACAAAUUUCCUCAGCUUAAAUCUCAAGACGGCCCUGACAUCAACAGGUCGUGGUUUCAAGCUAAAAUAUAAAGCCAUACCAACGGGUAAAACCGAUUGUGGUGGGGUCUAUACAAAACCGGGUUAUAGUAUCCGUCUACCCACCAAUGAUGAGGGUACCUAUAUGCACGAUAUGGAAUGUUAUUGGGUCAUUAUGGCGCCCAAGGAUAAAUAUAUUCUCAUCAAUUGGAAAUCUUUUAUGCUGGAGGAAUCGAUGGAUUGCAGCUAUGAUUAUGUGGAGAUUUACGAUAAUAUGGCAAAUGCGGAGAAUGCUAGGCCACUGGGAAAAUUUUGCGAUGCCCACAAGCCGGAAUCCUUCCUCAGUCAUGCCCGCAUGCUGACCAUUAAAUUCGUAUCGGAUUCCACAGAUGCCAGGGGUGGUUUUGAGUUGAGCUACGAAUUUGUGGAUAAUAAAAAUCAAUGCAAUGGCAUGAUACACUCCUCCUCGGGUACCCUGAGGUCACCCAAUUGGCCUGCCAAUUAUACCGAAGAUUUGGAUUGUACAUGGGUGAUCAAUACCCCUCCCGGGACACAAAUGGAAUUGGCCGUGGUGGUGUUCGAUGUGGAAGCUUCGCAGAAUUGUUCCAGUGAUUGGUUGGAGAUAAGAAAUGGCGGUUCGAAUCAAUCCUCCCUGCUGGGCAUUUUCUGUGGCAACUAUUCCCAAAUACCCCAUGCCAUACCCUCCUUUACGAACCAGAUGUAUUUGCAUUUCCAUUCGAACAGCUUCGAUAAUCGCCGAGGUUUCCAAAUCGAAUGGUAUGUUUUUUCGAGUGGUUGUGGGGGUAAUUUGGAGGCGGAUCGUGGUGUCAUUACCUCACCCUUCUACCCUAACCCCUAUUCGAAUAGUGCCCAAUGUGAGUGGCGUAUACAUGUCCAUCCGGGGUCGACAAUACAUUUUACCAUCGAUGAUCUGGCGCUGGAGGAACACCCGAAUUGUCGUUAUGAUAAAUUGGAGAUUUACGAAGGCACGACAGAACAUCGUAGCCGCAUAGCCGGGCUGUGUAGUUUAGAUGAAAAUGAAAUGGGCAAGAGGCAAUAUGUGGUGGAUAGCCAUGAAGCCUUGGUGUUGUUUGUGUCGGAUGACACAAAUCGGGAGAGGGGUUUUUCGUUGAGUUACUAUUCCAAUUGUAGUGUUACCCUGACGAAGCAUUAUGGUGUCAUAGAGAGUCCAAAUUAUGGGGUGCCGGUGGCCGAGUAUGGUCAGGAGGUGAAUUGUACGUGGACCAUAAGGGCGCCCAAGGGUAAUCGUAUCCAAUUGGAAUUUACCAAUUUCGAGGCAAUGGAGAAAAAUGCCAAACUACAGGUUAUGGAUGGUAAUCGCAGUGUGGAGAUCCAUGGUAUGGGUCAGACUCUCAACUCCACCACCGAUACCCUGGUCAUUAAACAAACUUCGAAUUUAUUGACUUUCCAAUUGGAAUAUGUCCUGGUGGGUUGUAUGGGUGUGUUGCGGGCUCCAGAGGGUAAUUUUUCAUCACCCUCCUAUCCACGAAGCUACCCCAAUGAUAUGGAAUGUAUAUGGGAAAUUAUUACCCAACCGGGUCAGGGUAUUGAGCUAACCAUCGACAGUAUGGAGCUGGAAGAUUCCGUGAAUUGUACCAAGGAUGCUUUGGUAAUAUCACCGCAUCGUCAAACGAAAAAUCCCCGGGAGCGCCACUGUGGCCAUCGAGAUAAUUUACAGAUCCACAGUUCGAGUCAUCGGAUGUUUGUACACUUCUACAGUGAUGGCCAGAAUAAUGGCAAGGGUUUUACGGGGCACUAUACCACACAGAAAGCAAAAUGCGGUGGAAAGUUGACGGCGAAAAAUGGUGUCAUCACCUCACCGAAUUAUCCCAAUUCUUACCCCGAGGAAGCUGACUGCGAAUGGACGAUAGAGGUUGCCGAACAUCACACCAUCAUCAUUACCAUCGAAGAAAUGGAAUUGGAAAAUUUCUAUGAUUGUGAAAUGGAUUAUGUGGAGGCCACCGAAUCGACGAAUGAUUCCGAAGAACCAGUUAGCCUCUUCAAGCAGUGCGGUGAUAUGGAUGAUGAUAAACAGCUGACAUUUAGAAGUACCUCGAAUGUGGUGACAAUUCACUUCCAUUCGGAUGAUUCGGUAUCGGCACGAGGUUUUAAGCUGAGCUAUGAAGAGGAUUGCGGUCAACGUGUCGUAUUGGAUGAAAGUGAUGUCUUCGGCAUCGACUUCGUACAUCAUGUACCACGAAAUCGGACCUGUGAAUGGCAGCUGCUGGCCAAGGAUCCCAAUGCAAAAAUUCUACUCACAUUUACCCAUCUACAAAUGUACCCCGCGUUGGCCUAUACCUACCGCAAUGAAGGAGAGUGUUUGGAAAAAGGUGCUGUGGUCUAUGAUGGUCAGGAUGAUACCGCCCCAGUGCGUACGCGAUUCUGUAAGUCCCACCCACCGGACAUCAUCUCUCACGGCCAUGCUUUGACUUUGAAAUUACCCAUGAAUAUGAUAUCGGAAAUUAUUGCCUAUGCAUAUCAAAUGGAUAAUUAUUGUAUUGCAUCGCACACUUCGCUGAGCGGAAAAUUCUCGACACCCUACUAUCCGGCAUCGUAUCCGGUGAAUAUACAAUGUGAAUGGUAUCUAAUGCCGAGUAAAGGUAAUCGCAUCCAGGUGACAUUUGAAUCGAUGGAUUUGGAAGAUUCGGAUGAGUGUAAUAACGAUUAUGUGGAAAUACGAGAAUCGUCGGGGUUGGGUAAAUUUUUGGGUGUCUAUUGUGGUAAUCGGCUGCCGCCCACAAUCAGCGGCGCAGAUGAUUUGUUUAUUCGUUUCCACAGUAAUGAUGAUGUUGUGGGUGAGGGUUUCUUGGCCUCAUAUAGUUAUGUGAAACACAAUGAAUUAAACGGCACUGAGGGCGUACUGGAAUCACCUGCCUAUCCUGCCAAAUUCCAUAGCCAUGACAUGUAUAGUUGGCGCAUAACGGUGCACAAGGAUUAUGUUGUCCUGCUGACCAUUAAACAUAUUGUGGAUACGGAUAUCCCAUAUAUUAAGUUCUAUGAUGGCUACUCGGACAUUGGGGCCCCCAUCGAUUAUGCCACCAAGCAUGUGGUCCAAACCAAUACCAACAUCUUGUAUAUGACCGCCCAGCGAGGCCCCUUCCAAUUUGAAUGGCAACAGCUGUCGAAGCAGGCGGUACGCGACAAUCAAACUGCCGAACGUAUUGCGGAACUGUGUGGUAGUCAAACCUUGCGGGUCAAUACCUCUCUCUUCUUCCACUCCCCCGGCUAUCCGACGGGAUAUGCUCCCAACUUGAAAUGUGCCUGGACGGUGAUGCCCAAUGAUCCCAGCCGCCAUGCUGUGGUGACAUUCCUAAAAAUCGAUCUGGAAGAAUAUGCGGAAUGUUUUGCGGAUUAUAUCAGAAUUUCCUCAAGUUCCGAUUUAGAAAAUUGGCAAACCUUGGAUACAAUGUGUAAAAAAUCGUCGGAUAAGGAUCAUAAAUAUCAUGGUAGUCCAUAUUUGAAAAUUGAAAUGAUAACCGAUGCGGGAGUAAAUAAGACGGGAUUUACUUCGUUGAUCACAACAAAAUGUGGUUCGGAAUUGUCAGGGCGUAAUGGUUUUGUCAACGUUACCCUGGAGCGGAGUAAUAAUUAUAAUACGGAAUGUGUAUGGACCAUCAAGGUGAGGCAGGGUAGGAGAAUACGCCUGCAGUUUUUGGAUUCCGUGCUGCAGGGCCAAUUUUCGCCCGGGAAUUGUAAUGUUUAUUUCCUGCUGCGCAAUGGUAUGGAUGAGGAUUCUCCAUUUUUGGGCAAGGGGAAAUAUUGUGAAAAUAAUAUCACCGAUAUUCUCGAGACAUCGUCGAAUCGGGCCUAUAUUAAAUUUUCGAGAAAUGGUUUUCCCGGUUUUCGAGCUUCAUUCCGCUACGAGGAAAUUGGCCAUGAAUGUUCAAGGGAAAUAGUACUGAAUGAAAAUACCAAGUUCGAUGUGGAGCAGGUUAUCCGUUCUCCGAAUUAUCCCAAUAUACCCAAUCCGCAUACGGAAUGUUUGUGGAAGAUCCGAGCACCGCUGCAUCGCACGAUAACAUUGGAUUUUUAUGGGGAAUUUGAUUUGGUAAGGGGCAGUGGAGCUGAAAAUACCUGCGAUUUGGAAUAUAUACAGGUAAAUGAUGGCCAUUCGGAGUUAUCACCCAUGAUGGGUCGCUAUUGCGGUACCACCAAACCGAAUUCGCUGCGUUCGACAGGCAAUGUUAUGCGCCUGCUCUACUACACAGAUGCCUUGGAGCCUCACAAGGGCUUCCAGGCCAAGGUUAGUUUGAGCCGCUGUGGUGGUUAUUAUUAUGAAGAGGAGGGUGUGGUCCAAGCACCCGAUGUAAAAUUGAAACCCGAGGAAAAGGAGCUCGAAUGUGUCUUCACCAUUGAAACAGAACUCGGCACGACCAUCCACAUAUCGAUGGAUAAAUUAAAGACCCGAGAACAGGAUGAAGAUGAUAAGGAUUGCAAGGAGGGUACCCAUUUGGAGUUGCAGGAAAUUGAUGCUUUCACUUCGGGUUUCGAUAACAUUACCGAUACCCUGAUUCUAUGUUCCCAGGUUGGUAGCAGCUACAUUGUGGAGACAAAUAAAUUGGUGCUGCGCUAUAAGAUUCGAAAUGGCUAUCACAAUCCGGAAGCCUUCCAGGUGACCUAUAAGGCGGUGGGUUCACGUUGCGAUCAAACCAUUGAGGCUUCGCAGGGCAUUCUGCAGACUCCCAAUUAUCCGCUGGGCAACAACAUGCCCAUACAAUGCUCCUGGCAUAUUUUGGCGCCCAAGGGUACUAGGAUUAAGGCGGAAUUCUUAGAUUUCGAUAUGGGUUCGGAGGAGGCCAUGGGCAGGGUGCAUCGCAGGAUCCUAUUUGCCAAUGAUUUCAAGAUGACUUCGAUAAUUGAGAGAAUUUCAAAUAACCCUCCUGCGGCUAUUUAUUCCACAGAUAAUACCAUGGGUAUUGAUGCCCUGAUUUUAUCCUUUAGUCGGAAUCGCGGAUUUAAAUUGAAAUUCACGGCCUAUGAGCGAUCGAUACAUUGUCGGCCCUUAUGGUUGGAUCGCCAGUCCAAAGAGCUACAGGUUUUGAAGUAUCAAAGGGACAACACCACCGCUGUGUAUUGUAGCUAUCCCAUCAAGGUGGACUAUAAUGAGACCGUGUCCGUGCGGAUCACCAAGGAGGAGAGGUAUCCCAAGAACCAAUAUCUACCCUUCGGAUGCCAGUACUUCAGUCCUCUGCAGUUGUAUGUGGGAGAGGAGAGGUUACUACCCUCACUGAUGUGUUCAAAUGAUACCCAGCCUUCGUUUAGGUUACCCUUCCCCUCCCGCCUGGUCCUAAAUGGCAAUGUGCGGAAUUCUCUCAAGGAAUUGGAGUUGCAAUACACCCUUUACAAAUGUGGCGGAAUUUGGUCUCUAUAUUAUUAUGAUGAGUUUAAUAUAACCCAACCGGCAAUGGCUGGUCAUCGAGGACCCCUGGAGUGUGCCUGGGCCGUGUGGUCCUCCAUAGGGGAUAACACCACGCCGCCUAGCUUUGACGAGCUUAUCGAAGAUAUACAAAUCGAUUUGUCGCUGAGCACCAAUUUCAAGGGGAAAUGCGAAGAGGAGUAUCUCCUAAUCUACAAUGGACCCAAUCAGAAUUUCCCCCACCUGGGACGCUACUGUGGUGAGAGUGUGGCCCGCGAUCUUGUGGUAACCGGAGGAGGAGUCUUUGUUGAAUUUAUUAGCCUCGAAUAUAAUAACCAAUCCACCUUUAAUCUCUCCCUACGUGAGGGUAGCGGCUGCGGUGGCAAACUCACCUAUCCCUAUCGUCAGAUUCGUGUCAGCUAUCAGUAUCAGGAUAAUGUGGAGUGUAUUUGGGAGCUAGAGACGGAACCAGGUUUUCAUUUGGCUGCCAUUUUUGAGGAACGAUUCUUUAUCGAAGCCAGUGCAAACUGCAGCAAGGACUACCUACUCUUCCAGGAGAAAUCCCCUGAAGGUCAGUGGCAGGAUUUGCAGAAACUGUGUGGUCGCAAUCCGCCACGCAUGAUCAACACAACCUAUACGCAGAUGAGGAUGAUUUUCCGCACAGAUGGCAGUGUGAGAGGUGAUGGCUUUACCGUUAACUUCGAGCGGAAUUGUGGUGGUCUGCUCUAUGCCACAAAUGAUCUGAAGCAGAUUUCCUCUCCUGGCUACCCGACGGCCUAUUUACACAACCUGGUGUGUAAUUACACCAUUCUACCCUCUCCUGAAAUAAAUCACACGGAAUCGAAUAGCCUUUAUUUGCGCUUUAUAGAAUUCGAAGUGGAGGAUGCCCCGACCGUAAAAUGUCUCUUUGACAAUGUGACCAUAACAACCACCGAUAUGUCCGGUAAUGCCAUCCACAAUGUGCUCUGUGGCCGAAAGCGGAACUAUGAAGUGCGUUCGAAAAAUCCCAUUCACGUGAUCCUUCGAACCGACUCCAGCUAUGGCUCCAAAGGUUUCCUAAUGGAAUAUGGUCAUAAUAAAUGUGGAGCCACAAUUACCAACAGUUCGAAGAUAGAAUCUCCACGAGAUUCCGCAACCAAAAUGUAUCCACAUUCGAGUAAAUGUUCCUGGUUGCUGAAGGCCCCAGAGAAUCAUAAAAUCAUUAUCAAAUUUGAGGAGUUCAAUUUUGAAGGCCAGGGUAUGUGUACCUAUGAUGGUGUGGAAAUCUACAAGGGUCUCAACACUGUGGAGGAUCAACGUUUGGCCAAAUUCUGCGGCAAUUUGACGGGAAAAAUCCCUCCCAUCACCAUAAGUCAAAAUACCGCACUGAUACAUAGCUUCUCCGAUGAACGUGAUGCUUCAACAGGUUUCCGGGCCCUGAUUAGUUUCAUAGCGAACUGUGAUAAUACGAUACACCUUACGGCCAAUAAUAAUACCUAUGAAUUUACCCGCUUCUCUGGGUCCUAUGGCAAUAAUUUGGAUUGUAGCUGGCUCUUCACGACCACACCGGAUCGCCAGCUGCAGGUUGAGUUUAGCAGCUUCCAUGUUGAAAGUUCGGAAAGUUGUACAAAUGAUUAUCUCGAGAUUAAAGAUGGUCCGGGACUGUUUGCCGAUACCAUAGGGGUAUUUUGUGGUCAUGAUAAUCCCAGUCCAUUGGUCUCAUCGAGGCACUCGAUGUUGAUGCGUUUUGUUAGCGAUGCUAAUGAUACGAGUACCGGAUUUAUGGCGAAAAUUAAAUCUGUGCCGAGGAUGUGUGGUCAACAUGUGUAUGAGCUGAACGGCAGUGUGAAGACCGCCACAAUAUCUUCUCCCGACGAUGGAUCGGGCAAAUAUCCCAACAAUCUGAAUUGCAUUUGGAAAAUCAAGAGUGACAAGAAUAUCCAUUUGACAUUUGAAAAAUUGGAUAUAGAGGUGAAUGGGGCCAAUGACUCAUGCUCCGAGGAUUAUAUCAAGAUCAUCAAUGGGGAUGAUACCCAAGUCAUUGACAAAGGAUUGGGCACCAAGCUGAUCUACAAUGGCUACGACAGGAAUUCGAAUCCUUAUGAUAUUUCCGAUUUUGGUACAGAGCAUAUCUAUUGCGGCAGCCAUAUACCGGAUGAUUAUUUUUCAUCUUCGAAAUCGGUGUUUGUGAAGUUCAAGAGCAAUGACAAGGUGGCGAAGGGAGGAUUUAAGCUGAAGGCCACCAUGGCGGAGGGUUGUUUCCGCAACUUCACCGGCACCCAGGGACGCAUUAAGCUUGCCGAAUCCACAGAUCAUUGUGAUAUCUAUAUCAAAUCCCCGGCGAAUACUUCGCUGAGUUUGUACUACAAUGAACUGAUGUUUUCGGAAUAUGAUUGUGCUCAGGAAUUUAUGGAAGUGUACGAUGCCAGAACAAAUACUUCCUUGCAAAAAUUAUGCCAAUAUGUAGAAACCGGAAAAUCUCUAUUCACGAAUAGUAAUGAACUGCGUUUGAAUCUCAAGCUGAAUGGUUAUUAUACCCAAAUAGAUUUUACCUAUUUGGCUAGCAGCGAGGGUCCUGGUUGUGGUGGAGAUUUAUAUAAUACAGCUGGUAUUAUCACCAAUCCUUUCUAUCCGAAUAAUGUUCGCAAUAAUUCCGACUGCCGUUGGAAUAUUCGUGUACCGAGUAAUAUGAAAGUGUUGUUGCGAUUUAUUGUCUUUAAUAUGGGUGCGAAGUCGACGUGUCAUACGGAUUAUUUGCAGUUGAUUGAGUAUGACAACUUUGUUGGCGGCCGUCCCGAGGGUGAGGGUAAAGUCGUAAGACAAUUUUGUGGUGAGGAUGAACCGAAAUUGUAUACCAGCACGGGUAAUUAUGUCACUGUACGCUUCCAUAAAACGGUUAAUUAUGAUGGUACCGGUUGGGUUCUGCAGUUUUCGGCCGCCCAAUCGGAUUAUAUACAACUUAUAAAGAGUUAUAUAUAA